CAGCCCAUAAGCCAUGGAGGGAAAGUUCAGCGCCAUCCAGGACUUUUUCACCCAGCUUUGGAGUUUUGUCACGGAUAAACACAACCAGGGCGUGUACAACUCAAUCUGCCUGGCUGUCCUGCUAACGCUGCCCCUGCUGGUCUUCUUCACCGUUGUGGUGGUGUGCUGCCACUGCUGCUGCUGUCGUCAUGCCAACCGCUGCUGCUGCUGCUGUGGAGAUACCUCAAGGUCAGAAACCAAGAAGAAGAAAAAGAAUUCAACUGAUGAAGACUUGUGGAUCUCUGUAAAGACGGGCUCCAUGACUCCAGACCGGGCUGCGCUGACCAUGGUGUGAGAGACCACCAUAGGUUUAAAAACUGCUGAUUCUGGGCCAGUUUGUACAA